AUGGUGUUUAAGGGGAGAUUUUUCUCUUCCAAAAAAUCUGACACUUCAAGCCGCGAUGGAUCCUCCAACAGUCCUCGAUCUACCGGUUCAAAUUCCAGUUCCCCGAUUGGAUCCGAUAAAAAGAAACCUAAAUCAUCGUUCAAAGAUAAAUCCCCUGUAGCUACCACUCCUACUUCCACACCCACCACCAGCAGUAAAAACGAAAAAAAAGAUUCAAAAUACAGAGAAACUCAAAAUUUAAGUAGGCCCAGUUCCGGAAUAUUUGGUUCUUCUUCUUCUUCUUCUUCUUCCAAGUUGAAGAAAUCCGAGGAGGCGGCAGCAAGUCCUACGCCGGUGUCGGUUUCUCCACUAGUGGCAUCGUCUUUGGGUUUAAACAAGAUAAAGACCCGAUCGGGGCCGUUGCCACAGGAGAGUUUCUUCAGUUUCGGGAGUAGGGAUAAGGGGGCUUCGUUGGGUUCUAGUAAGUUGUCGAAGCCACUUGGUGGUAGCGGCGACACUGGUGCUGGCGUUGAUGGGGGUUUGAGUUUGGGGUCUGGGAAGAUGGAGGAGAAGUUAUUGGUGGAAAAUGCAGAUAGUGGGAGCAAUUCGGAUAACAUGUCGAUGGACAGCGGGCCAUCAAGGGACCAGAGCCCGCACGUGGUCCAGGCCCAGGUUCGUUCUCGCCUUCAAAAUGGGGAGUCAUCUUCUGAAACUAUUGGUCAAUUCAAUUCAUCAUGGGGUCAUUCUGGAGGGUUAAGGAGUUCAGAUGUAUGCACUCCAGAGAUAAAGACAUCAUAUGAUUGUGAGAACCCAAAGGAGUCUGAAUCUCCCCGAUUUCAAGCUAUACUCCGUGUUACAAGUGCUCCCAGGAAGAGGCUUCCUGGUGAUAUCAAAAGUUUCUCUCAUGAAUUGAAUUCCAAAGGUGUACGACCUUACCCAUUUUGGAAGCCUCGACGCUUAAAUAAUCUGGAGGAGGUAUUAAGUAUGAUAAGGACAAAAUUUGACAAAGCAAAGGAAGAAGUGGAUUCUGAUCUGCAUAUUUUUGCAGCAGAUCUGGUUGGAAUUCUUGAAAAGAAUGUAGAAACUCAUCCAGAAUGGCAGGAAACUUUAGAGGAUUUGUUGGUUUUGGCUCGGAGCUGUGCCAUGACAUCUCCUGGAGAAUUUUGGCUUCAGUGUGAAGGCAUAGUUCAAGAUUUGGAUGAUAGGCGUCAGGAGCUUCCUAUGGGAAUGCUUAAGCGGCUUCAUACUCGAAUGCUUUUCAUUCUCACAAGGUGCACAAGAUUGUUGCAGUUCCACAAGGAAAGUGCGUUCGCUGAGGAUGACCGUGUUUUUCAGCUCCGGCAAUCACUUGAGCCUGCAGAUAAACAUGUUUCUCAGGUUGUGGAAAGGGAUAAGAAUAUUCCUAGUUCUUCAAAAGCCACGAAGGCACUGUCUGCAAGAAAAUAUUACAGUCAAGAACAACAUGGCUUAGUGUGGAAAAGCGACUAUGCUGUAAAAGGAAAUUUUCAACCUUCACCAGCUGACACUGCAAACGACUUAGAUUCUACUACUAGUAGGAAUCAGAUGGCUUCUUGGAAGCAAUUUUCUUCUCCUCCUGGAAAAAGUCCCAAAGAAGCUGCUUCAUUGAAGGAGCAGAAUGACAAAAUCGUGGAAGCUUCGAAAAUAUUAAACAACAGGAGAGGAAUUAAUGAAGCUGAUCUGGCUACUGCUAAUGCUAAAGUUACUGAGCUUCGUCCUGCUAAAGAUUCUAUCGGACAGUUUUCCAUGCCCUCCAAGCACCAACAUAAAGUUUCCUGGGGCUACUGGGGAGAUCAGCCAGGCAUUGCAGAUGAAAGCUCAAUAACUUGUCGCAUUUGUGAGGAGGAGGUUCCCACUUUGCAUGUGGAAGACCACUCUAGAAUUUGUGCAAUUGCUGAUCGAUGUGAUAAAAAGGGUUUAAGUGUCAAUGAACGCCUACUUAGAAUUGCUGGAACUCUUGAGAAGCGGAUGGAUUCAUUUUCACAGAAGGACUACCAACAUGCUGUUGGAAGCCCAGAUGUUGUCAAAGUAUCAAACUCGAGUGUGACAGAAGAAUCAGAUCUUCUUUCUCCAAAACUCAGUGAUUGGUCUCGUAGAGGCUCAGAAGACACGAUAGAAUGUUUUCCAGAAACAGACAAUUCUGUAUUCAUGGACGAGCUCAAGGGUUUGCCUUCCAUGCUAUGUAAAACUCGCUUUGGUCCAAAAUCGGACCAAGGAAUGACAACAUCAUCGGCAGGAAGCAUGACUCCUAGGUCACCAUUGAUGACACCAACAACGAGCCAGAUAGACUUGCUUUUGUCUGGGAAAGGUUCUUUCUCUGAACAUGGUGAUCUUCCUCAGAUGAAUGAACUCGCUGAUAUAGCUCGAUGUGUAGCAAAUACACCUCUGGAUGAUGAUCGCUCUUUGUCAUACCUGCUUUCUUGUCUUGAAGACUUGAAAGUUGUCACAGACCGCAGAAAAUUUGAUGCCCUCACUGUGGAGACUUUUGGAGCACGUAUCGAGAAGUUGAUAAGGGAGAAAUAUCUGCAAUUAUGCGAAUUAGUUGAUGAUGUCAAGGUUGAUAUAUCAAGCACUGUAAUUGAUGAAGAUGCUCCUUUAGACGAUGAUGUUGUUCGUAGCUUGCGAACUAGUCCUAUACAUUCUACUAAAGAUCGGACCUCGAUAGAUGACUUUGAGAUUAUAAAACCAAUCAGUCGUGGGGCAUUUGGCCGGGUUUUCUUGGCAAAAAAGAGAACAACAGGGGAUCUGUUUGCGAUAAAGGUUCUUAAGAAGGCAGAUAUGAUACGGAAGAAUGCUGUCGAGAGUAUUUUGGCUGAACGUAAUAUAUUGAUUUCAGUUCGCAAUCCUUUUGUGGUCCGUUUCUUCUAUUCAUUUACUUGUCGAGAAAAUUUGUAUCUUGUAAUGGAGUACUUGAAUGGCGGAGAUCUGUAUUCAUUACUGAGAAAUCUAGGCUGCUUAGAUGAAGAUGUUGCUCGAGUAUAUAUAGCUGAAGUUGUGCUUGCUUUGGAAUAUUUGCACUCUCUACAUGUGGUUCAUCGUGAUCUAAAGCCUGAUAAUUUGUUGAUUGCACAUGAUGGUCAUAUCAAGUUGACAGACUUUGGGCUAUCUAAAGUUGGUCUCAUCAACAGUACUGAUGAUUUAUCGGGUCCAGCUGUUAGCGGAACAUCCCUAAUGGAAGACGAUGAACCUCAAUUGUCUGCAUCUGACCAUCAGCAAGAAAGGCGCAAGAAACGCUCUGCUGUGGGUACUCCAGACUAUUUGGCACCUGAGAUUCUUCUAGGAACUGGGCAUGGCUUUACUGCCGAUUGGUGGUCUGUUGGUGUCAUACUAUUUGAGUUGAUUGUUGGAAUUCCUCCUUUCAAUGCUGAGCAUCCUCAGAAAAUAUUUGAUAAUAUUCUCAACCGCAAGAUACCUUGGCCACAGGUCCCUGAAGAAAUGAGCCCUGAAGCACAUGAUUUAAUUGAUCAGUUACUGACAGAAGACCCUAAUGAGAGACUUGGAGCUAGAGGAGCACCAGAGGUGAAGCAGCAUCCAUUUUUCAGAGAUAUUAAUUGGUACACACUUGCUAGACAAAAGGCUGCUUUUGUCCCUGCCUCUGAGAGUGCACUGGAUACCAGUUACUUCACCAGUCGUUUCUCCUGGAAUCCUUCGGAUGAACAGGUCUAUGCGGCUAGUGAAUUCGAAGAUUCCAGUGACAAUGGUAGCAUGAGUGAUACCAGUAGUUGCCUGAGCAAUCGGCAUGAUGAAUUGGUAGAUGAAUGCGGGGGUCUUGCGGAAUUCAACUCAGGCUCUGAUAUCAAUUAUUCCUUCAGCAAUUUCUCGUUUAAGAAUCUGUCUGAGCUUGCAUCUAUCAACUACGACUUGCUUACCAAAGGUUUGAAAGACGACCCACCGACAAAUUCUAGUUCAUAA